UUUGUCCGCGCCCGGCCUGUCCCAGCAGCGGGGCCGAGCGCGGCCCGGCCCGGGCGGAGCGGCGGCACCGGCACCAGAACCAGCACCGGCACCAGCACCGGCAGCGGCACCGACACCGGCACCGACAGCGGGCGGCGCGGGGGGGAAGCGGGCGGGGUGGGGGGCCCGGGCAGCCCCCGCGGGGCCGCCCCGUGCCGCCCGCGGGGCCGAAGAUGCGGCGGUACCUGCCGGUGGCCCGGCAGCACUUCCUGGCGGCGCUGGCCGGCACCAGCGUGGUGGUGAAGUCGCUGAGCGCGGCCGCGGUGCUGCUGUACCUGCUCUCCUUCGGGCUGGACACGGCCUACGGGCUGGCGGUGACGCCCGGCUACCUGCUGCCCCCCAACUUCUGGGUGUGGACGCUGCUGACGCACGGGCUGGUGGAGCAGCGCGCCUGGGGGCUGGCGGCCGCACUGGCCACGCUGGGGGCGGCGGGGCGGCUGCUGGAGCCCCUCUGGGGGGCCCUGGAGCUGCUCGUCUUCUUCGCCGUGGUGAACAUCUCCGUGGGGCUCCUGGCGGCCCUCGCCUACUUCCUCACCUACGUGGCCUCCUUCCACCUCGACUACCUGUUCGCCGUGCGCAUCCACGGCGGGCUGGGCUUCCUCGGCGGGGUCCUGGUGGCCCUCAAGCAGACGAUGGGAGACAGCACCGUGCUGAAGGUGCCUCAGGUCAGGAUGAAGGCUGUCCCCAUGCUCCUGCUCCUCCUCCUGGCUCUGCUGCGGCUCGCUGCCCUCGUCGAGAGCAAUGUACUGGCCUCGUACGGCUUCGGGCUCCUCUCCAGCUGGGUCUAUCUCCGCUUCUACCAGCGGCACAGUAGAGGCCGCGGAGACAUGUCUGACCACUUCGCCUUCGCCACUUUCUUCCCCGAGAUCCUGCAGCCCGUGGUGGGUCUGGUGGCCAACCUGGUGCACGGCGUCCUGGUGAAGGUGAGGGUGUGCCGCAAGACUGUCAAACGCUACGACGUGGGCGCCCCGUCCUCCAUCACCAUCAGCCUGCCGGGCACGGACCCCCAGGACGCCGAGAGGAGAAGGCAGCUGGCCCUGAAGGCCCUGAACGAGCGGCUGAAGCGCGUGGAGGACCAGUCGGCCUGGCCCAGCAUGGAGGAUGAGGAGGAGGAGGCAGCGGCGGCCAAGGCUGACACCCCCCUGCUGCCUGACCCCGGCGCGGCCGGCAAGAGCCCCGGCCAGGAGUCCAACCUCAUCAGCUUCCAGGAUGCCCCGGCCCAGCUGUGACCGGCCCCCUUCCCGCCCUGUCUCCCUUGGAGAGCUGCUAAUCCCCCUUGUAUCCCGCACGGCUGGGAGCGGGGACUCCUCCCGUGGCACAGGCAGGGGGACACCUCAUUCCAGCAACGCUUUGCUGCUGCUCGCGGCCAGCACCAGGCACCCGGGACGGUGACACUGCCGCCACCGCGAGGACAGGGAUUGCUGGAGCCACUCCCCUCGGCGCGGGCGAGGCCGUGGAGUCGGCGCAGGCAGCGGGGGCUGUCCCAGGACGGGGACACGGGGCUGAUCCCCACCCCAAGGCCGCUGCGCUCGCCCUUGUGGGAUAGAAGUCAGCUUCUCCUCUGUGCCAGGGCUUGGCCAGAGCACUCAACACUUAUUUCUUUCCUCCCUUUUGAAGGUAGUUUUGUCCCGAACUGAGGGAAUGGGAAGGCUGAUGGGUUUCUUUUCCAGAUGUCUUUCCCAUGGAGAGCCUCCCCCACCCUGGCAGGAGUUUGCUGGGACCGGUGAGAAGUUGGGCAGGGGGGACAGGCCACUGGUCAGGAAGGGGCCGCCCAGCCCCUCACAGCAGCGGUCCAGCACUGCCAGCUCCAGGCUUUCUGCGGUGGGAAUUCUCUGCUCCUCCCUCUCCUGCCCCCCUCCCCCUGCGAGGAGCCGGUGCCCUUGGCUGCUCCCCGGCUAAUCCGUUUGUCAGAUUACACUAGAAGCUGGAAUUAAGUUUUUAUGGCGGGGCUCUCGCUGCUUCCUCCAGCAGCAGGUUUUCUUUCCUGCAGGUAGAAUAUGGGCUCCCCCCUUCUUUCCCUCCCUCUGUGUUGGUGGGGUUUUUUUUCCCUGGAUGGAGAGGAUGCUCCCUGUGACAGCCUCCUCACAGCUCUUGAUCCAGCGGGCAAUUCCCAGCCCGUUAGCAGGUCAGCAGUGUCAUUAUUAUUUUUUUAAAGGACCACAUGAGAAGGUUUUGUCUAACGGGAAGAACACGGACAUUUGGGUAUCAAUAAAGAGUUCUUUGAAA